CCCCUCGCCGUGCAGCCCCGCCUUCCCGCUCCCUGCUCGCCGGGCGAUCCCAGCCCAGGUGCCCGCAGUCUGCGCUGGGGGCAGGAAGCAUGCACGCGGGCGGAGAGCUGGGCGCCGCGGCAGGCGGCUCGCUGCUGCUGUGCGCCGCGCUGCUGGCGGUGGGCUGCGCGCUGGGCCUGCGCCUGGGCCGGGGGCGGGGGGCGGCGGACCGCGCGUUGCUUGCCUGGCUCUGCUUCAACGCCCUGGUGCAUUUCGCGCUGGAAGGCCCUUACGUCUACUUGUCUAUGGUGGGAAGCAUCACAGACUCAGAUGCCUUGAUCGCUUCAUUGUGGAAAGAAUAUGGCAAAGCUGAUGCAAGAUGGCUUUAUUUUGAUCCAACCAUCGUGUCUGUGGAAAUUCUGACCGUCGUCCUGGGUGGAUCUCUGGCACUGGUCCUCGUUUAUGCCAUCGUCAAAGAGAAACAUUAUCGGCAACAAUAUUGGAGCGAGUUGCUACGCCCUCCUCCAGGGGAUCUUCCCGACCCAGGGAUCGAACCCAAGUCUCCUGCAUUGUCAGGUGAAUUUUUUACCACCGAGCCACCAGUGAAGCAUUAUUCAAGGAAAGGACUAUUAUUAGCCCUUUUCCAACAGGCAUUUCGUACAGAUUACCCUGUGCGUGUGUGAAUUGUAUGGCGGGUGGAUGACCUUCUGCCCAGACUGGCUUAUGGGAAGCCCCAACCUCAACACCAACAGUUGGCUCUACUUUUGGGUCUAUCUGGUAUUUUUUAAUGGUGUUUGGGUUCUGAUCCCAGGACUGUUACUGUGGCAGUCAUGGGUAGAACUCAAGAAAAUGCAUCACAGAGGAUCUAAUUCACGCAAAAAGUUUCAGUGAAUUUUCAAAAGUCAUAAACACUGUCAGCUUGCCUUAUGAGAAUGAAUCCUUUUUGUUGGGCCAAAAUGUAAUGCAUUCCAGUCUGUGCUUUUCUUUUUUUAUUGUCAUUUUUGAACACCUAAUUGAUUUCAGUGGAAUCAAUUUCAAAUGGACUAUAAGGUUGACGAGUUUUUGCUGUUGUUGUUUUUUCCAAUUAAAUGGCAAUACAGGGAACAGAAUAAAUUUUAAACAAAACAAAGCACAUUUAAUUAUAUCCUUUUAUGGCUAACAUUAACUGUUCUACAUUAAUAAAGCCAAUUAUCAUGAAA